CAGCACGCGGCGGGCCUCGAGACUCCGGGGCCCCACGGGGCUGGGCGAGCGGGUGUGCGAGAGGCUGAGCUAGGGGCCCCAAGUCGGCGGCGGAGGCGGCGGCGACUGCGGGCUGGACCUCCCGUGAGUGAAGACGUCCAAAACUGUAUGGAAACACUGGAAAGGAAAGUGCCUCCAGAUGAUCAGUGAUUGCCGGCUUCUGAUGACUGAUCAUUUCCUCUAAUGCAAUGGCAUGGAUCAAAACGAGGAGUAAAUUUCUGUCAGUAGCUGCAAAGUAAGAAAAAGGCAGGCAACAGAAUAAGACUGCCAAGCAAAGAAAGAUGGACCCUUGUGAAGACCUAAAAAUGUCCAGCCGUAAAUCCGACUCCCCCGGGGUUGAAACUAAUGGACUUGAAGGACCACCGGCCAGCGGCACUGAGGCCCCGGAGAAAGAAUCUGAUGAGAUAUGGAGUCAGAAAUACCAACUUAAGAGCAAAUACCUGGAGAGCAGCAACAGUGAACAGCAAGAUCGAAACAGAGUUUCUGAAGAGCUGAUAAUGGUUGUCCAAGAAAUGAAAAAACACUUCCCGUCGGAGAGACACAAUAAACCAAGCACUGUAGAUGCCCUCAACUAUGCCCUUCGCUGUGUACAGAGUGUCCAAGCAAACAGUGAGUUUUUCCAGAUUCUCAGUCAAAAUGGAGCACCUCAAGCAGAUGUGACCAUGUACAGUCUUGAGGAGCUGGCCACUAUUGCGUCAGAACAUACUUCCAAAAACACAGAUACCUUUGUGGCAGUUUUUUCAUUUCUGUCUGGGAGGUUAGUGCACAUUUCUGAGCAGGCUACUUCGAUCCUGAAUUGUAAGAAAGAUUUCUUGGAGUCUUCUCAUUUCGUUGAACUGCUUGCCCCUCAAGACGUGAGGAUGUUCUACACGCACACUGCCCACACCCAGCUUCCCUUCUGGAACAACUGGACACAGAGAGCAGCGUCGCAGUACGACUACGCUCCGGUGAAGUCCUUUUUCUGCAGGAUCCGUGGAGGUGAAAACAGGGAGCAAGAGAAACAUUACUACCCGUUCCGGAUUAUCCCCUAUCUGAUCCACGUGCACAGCCCUGCCCGGCCGGAGUCAGAGCCCUGCUGCCUCACUCUAGCCGAGAAGAUUCACUCUGGCUACGAAGCUCCUCGAAUCCCAGUGGAUAAAAGAAUUUUUACCACAACACACACUCCAGGGUGUGUUUUUCUUGAAAUAGAUGAACGAGCCGUGCCUUUGCUGGGAUACCUCCCUCAGGACCUGAUCGGAACGUCCAUCCUGACGCACCUGCACCCAGAGGAUCGUGCGCUGAUGGUUGCCAUCCACCAGAAAGUGCUGAAGUACGCGGGCCACCCUCCCUUUGAACACUCACCCGUCAGAUUUUGUGCUCAGAACGGAGAUUACGUCACCCUGGACUCGAGCUGGGCCAGCUUCGUGAACCCGUGGAGCCGGAAGGUCUCGCUCAUCCUAGGUCGGCACAAAGUCCGAACGAGUCCACUGAACGAGGAUGUUUUUGCUACCAGGAUAAAAAAGACAGACAAUAAUGACAAAGACAUAACAGAAUUACAAGAACAAAUUCACAAACUUCUGUUACAGCCAGUGCACGUGAGCGCGUCCAGCGGCUACGGCAGCCUGGGGAGCAGUGGGUCCCAGGAGCAGCACGUCAGCGUGACCUCCUCGAGUGAGUCCAGCGGGCCCGGCGUGGAGGACGCCCGGAAGGAGCCGUUGACUUUGCAGCAGGUCUAUGCCAGUGUCAACAAAAUUAAAAAUCUGGGUCAGCAGCUGUACAUUGAGUCAAUGACCAAAUCACCCAACAAGCAAGUGAUGGGGGCGCACCCAGGACAUCCCGGAGGUGAGCGGAAGGCCUUUUCCUCCUUACAGACAUUGAAAAAUAAUAGCACAAACACUGAGUCUUGUGAGGAUUUGAGAAAAGAUCAGCAUAGCCCAUCCUAUCAGCAAAUAAACUGCAUUGAUAGUGUUAUCAGGUACCUGAAGAGCUACAACAUUCCGGCUUUGAAAAGAAAGUGCAUAUCCUGCACGAACACCACCUCGUCCUCCGAGGAGGACAGGCAGCACCACAGGGCCGACGACGUCCCAGCUGUGCAAGCUGUUCCUCAGAUUGCAGCCACAGCUAAGUCGGAAAUGCCAGCUAACGGACGGUCCUCCGACACCGAAGCGGGGGCGCCCCGGAGCCUGUCCACGGCGGCGCUGAGCCUGGGCUCUGGCAUCAGCCAGUGCAGUUACAGCAGCACCAUGGUGCACGUGCCGCCGCCAGAGCCAGCAGAAUCGGCUCCCGCCGAGGAUACCACCCCCGCCGGUGAGCCUGGGAUGCCCCCCACACAGGCGGCCCCGCUGACCGCGGAAGACUUCAGACGCGUGGGGCUCACGGCGGCUGUCCUGUCGGCCCACACGCAGAAGGAGGAACAGAACUAUGUGGACAAAUUCCGGGAAAAGAUCCUUUCAUCCGCCUACAGCUCCUACCUUCAGCAAGAAGGCAGAAGCAAAGCAAAAGACUCCUGUGUCCAAGGGGACGCGACCUCCAGGCAGACCCGGCCAGCUGGUUGCAAGAAGGGGAGGCACAGGCGUAAGAAGCUGCGCGAGCCCCUCGAUGGCCAGUGUGCUAAGGACGCCUUCUGUCCCCAUGUCGGAGCCGACCUCCAGAACCUGCCGCCCUGGUGCUCGGCCCCCGCCUCCGCCCUCCACGCCCCCGGCCUGUCGCUCCCGGCUGCGGUUACGGCCGCGGCCCCCAGCCAAGCCCCGUACUUUGUCCCAGCGUUCCCCCUGCCCAGCGUGACCUCGCUGGGGGGAGAGCACGCGGCCUCGGUGGCGGCACUGGACUGUCCGCCCAGGCCGCCUUUCCUCACUGUCCCUCUGCCUUAUGUGACCAUUUUCCUGCCUGACCCCCCUGUCUGUCAUCUGCUGGCACCAGCGUUCUCUCCAUAUCCGUUCCUGGGAGCUUCAGGCCCUUCUCAAACGCCGCCCUCAGUGGCAGCAGGGCCUCCACCUGUGGUGGCCCCAUCUCUGGUCACCGGCCAGAGGAGGGCGGAGGAGCCCUGGGACACCCAGAGCGACGAGCCCCCGGCCCCCAGCUCGAGGGGCAGCUCGCCGCUGCAGCUGGACUUGCUGCAGGAAGAGCUGCCCAGGUCCUGCGCAUCGGUAGAGCAGCAGUGCGUUACAGACCGCAGCGGGAAGAGCCACCAUCUUGCUGCUGGCGACCUGCCCCUUCCCGAGGAGUCUCCAUCUGGACCUGGCUCUGCAGCAUCAGGAACCAGUGAGAGCAGCACAGGUUUUGCUGAUAGCGACUGUUCGUCUGGAAUCUCCCAGGAUGGGCAGCAGUCCCUGGACACAGGGCAGGAAGGGGCCGCUCCCUGUGCCGCGGGCGAGUCCAUCUGGAAGAUGAUAAAGGAGACCCCCGAGCGCGUUCUCAUGACCUACCAGAUGCCCGAGAGGGUCACAGAAAUUGUCCUGAAAGAAGACCUGGAAAAGCUGCAGAGCAUGAGGCGGCGGCAGCCGCAGUUCUCCGCCGGGCAGAGGGAGGAGCUGGCCCGGGUGCACCCCUGGAUCCAGAGCCAGACUCUCCCUCAGGAAAUGGACGUCCAGGGCUGUGUGACUUGCAAAAGCGCAGAUUCGGUCAGUGGUGCCCUAGGACCCUGUGGUGAGGACCCAGCAGAGGACAGCAGUUGAGUGGCUGCGGAGGUGCCGGCGGCGCGCCCUGCGCAGGACCCGCUGGGCACUGGGCCUCUCUGUCCACCCCCGACCCUUAAAUGGCCGUGAACUUACCGUUGAAUGUUAAGGAUUUUCCUUCUUGACUUUUUGAUAGACGUCAUGUUUCCGAAGCAGACUUUGUACAUAGAGCCUUUUCCGCCUCCCUGCUCCGGAUGUAUUAAAACUGUCAGUAGCCUUCUUUUCUAGUUUAGCUGCCUUCUAAAGAGACUCGAUGGCCUUGAUGAAGGUAUGUGCAUAGCAACACUUUCAGGUGUCACCCAAAAUAAACUCCAAUGAGAAAAAUAGCUGGAAGAGCCCCAGCCAAACCUCAGCCUCACUAACUUUGCACUACUGUUACAUCGGUCGCUCCCUGUCAGAGUACGGGAGGACGUCCCACCUGCGGGCCGUACACUUUUCUCCAUGGUCCCCGUAAACUUGUGCCCCGCCUGCACAGGCGACGCGUCCCCUCCGUAAUCAGCCGCGAACGCCCCGGCUUUCUCACCACGCACGCCGCCCGGCAUUCACCGGUGCUGAGCGGGCUGCCCCGGGGCGCCCGGCUCUGACGGGCCUCUCGGCCCUCACUCCUGCUGGCGCCUCCCCUCGGCUUCCCGCCUUCCACGGAACUCAGAGUCUCGUCUUAAAAAUCGGUCCACUGACAAGGAGCUUACUCCUCGGGGAGCUGGAGUUAGCUUUUGCAUGUGUCAUUUUAAAACAAAAGCACUUCUAACUCACCCAGUGGUGGUUCCCUUUCUAAUGUUUUCAUUUUUUAAAUGAUGAUUGUAAAAAGGUUAGUAAAAAUUAAUACUGGUUUUAUAUGCAUCUGUGUUUAAAUGUGGUUAAACCAAAACUAACCGUUAACUCUUUCUUUUCAACCAAUGUACACCAAAAAAGGUCUCCACCCCUCUCUGCCCGAGGUCUGAUUGGCACUGCCUUUUGUUUGCCCUUAAGCGGGUAAGUGUCCAGAAGGGGCUGUGCAGUGAGAAGGGGUCUGCGGGAGCUCGGGAGUCUGGGGACGGCGGGCAGGCGGACGGGGACGCGGAACCCCCCAAGUCCGAGCUCUCUGCACGGCUGUCCUUGUGUCCUUCGAGAACUGGCGGGGUUGUUUCCUGAUCAGUUAGUCCCUGCUCUUUAGAGAAGGCGGGCGUCCUUCUCUGGCUUGGAAUGAUGUGUGCAGGCCGCGCCCAAGCAGCCAAGAAAAAAGAAGAUAGAGGUCACAGUGAACUUUUACCUUUACCAACUAACUUAUUGUUCUGUUUUGUUGUUGUGUUUUGUUUUAGGAAAAUACUUCUUCCUUUCAAGUUUUAUAGCUUUUUAUAAAAAUGCUCCCUGAGAAUGACUAGGAGAAGCGGCCUUUCUCUCCGUGGUGACUGCUGUGCCGCUUCUCAGUCCCCGUAGCUUAGAUUUGCUUUUGAAAGUAGUCGCUUCCUGGAAGGUUAUUCUGUCUUAAGGUGUCAGAACCUUUUUCAGAUACUGCCUAUGACAUUUCUUGGUAUUUUUUAAUCUUAAGCAAAUAUUCCUAUUUUAUGAAUAGAGAACUCUUACAUUCUACUCCAUCUUGAUUGUUCACUGGUUUCUGAAGCCCUCGUUUUGUGUGGUAUUUUUUUAUUUUUGCCCUUAGUAGGAAAUAAUCAAGUUUUUAAAAAUCAUCCUGGGUAUUGUCCAUCAACAGAACCAUCUGUGACCUUCUGUGGUGAUAAAAUUUUUAAUUCCGUAAAUCAAAAACAACAAAUAGUUACCAGAGGAUCAUCCUGCAUUUGUGUGUGUGUGUGUUAAACCUUAUGUCCUCUAAUGACACAUGCCCUUCUCUUCCACUCUUUCUGGAUACUCAUUCUAUCCCAAUGUGCUUGCUUCUUUGCCUUAGCACACAUUUUACGGCAUGUCCACACACUAGGCUUCAUUUGAAACUGGUGCUCGCCAUAGGCAGGUCCUCAAACCACUUGGUGUUCCCUGACUUUGGCAAGUAGACAAGCUGGUGUAUUUAGAGGCUGGACUGCGAUGUCCUACUGCUGAGGGUGAGGGAGGAGGUUCAGCAGUGACGCUGCCGCCCCCCACGGGGGCUUCACCCAACUGCACAUUUUGCUGUUUGGGUUUAUUUACUUUUUGUAUUCAUUACUAUAGAAAUUGAUAAUAAAAAUGUGUAUUAUAGGCUUCAACGUUUACAUAAAUGUUGCCCGAAAGGCUGUGUUUUCUUGGAUAAGAGGUCAGGAUUUAUGAAAAA